AACAAAAUCAUCCACUCUACUCUACUGCAAUGCUAAAAGGCCGUGAAAGCAUCAGAAGAUUGAUCGGUAGACGCCGCAGGUUUCUUCCCAAUCGCAAUCUCAUCCUCUCAUCACCCGCCGCCCAGGGUUCCUCGAGCCAGGACGAGACGGCCGAUGGCUUUGAACCAGAUCCUCAUCAACACCAGAGCGGUGAAAAUGGAAAAGGAAGUGAUGACCGUGGCGCGGAAUGGAUUAGUUGCCCGGUUUGCGGGGCCAGAGUUCUCGGCAAAGAUCACGUAAUCAACUCGCAUUUAGAUAAAUGUCUUUCCAAAGGAAAAAAGCGCAAGCUAAGCCAACGCACCCUGCUUCAGCUGAACUUUUGCUCAAGUUCAAAAGUUAAACUACAGGCUAAUGAGUCAGAGACAAGCAAAGAUCAAGGAAGAAAUGACUUCACUAUUUUGGAUACCGUGCAUGGGCUGGGCGGCAUAGAUGUGGUUGAAAAUCAUGAUGGAGCUGUUUGCAAGGUAGAGAGCACAGCAAUUUGUAACACUGCUUUAGACUUGGAUCAGUUUGAUGAUGUUAAAAGACACGAUGAUGAUUCACAUUCAUCAUACACAAGUAUGCUAGAAGGUUGUACAGAAAAUCAAAUGAAUGGUGACAAGAUCAAUGAGAACUGCAUUUAUCAUUCAUUGAUCCCAGAAAAUGAGAUGCUUAUAGAGGAUAAUGUUGAGUCUUUUGACAGUGAUGACUUAUCUGAACUGUCUCUUGAUACAUACAUAGUUGGCCGUAAGUUUGGUGAAGAAAUAGAGUUGAAACAUGGUGCGAGAAUACUAUUGUCAAGAGACCGUGAAAAUGUCAAGGAUCUGAAUGCAAUCAAGGUGCUUUAUACAGAAUGUGGAUACGAUCAGACAAUUGGAUUUCUUCCCCGUGAAUUGGCUUAUCAUUUAUCGCCCUUGAUAGAAAAGUUCAACUUGAUAUUUGAGGGCCACGUAAUCUCUGUUCCAACACACCCGCAUGCUGUGGUCCCGGUUCAAAUAACUUGUCAAUGCAAUAUAUGUUUUGAUGAGACAGAGAGCAAUAUUAUUAACUUUCUAAAGUGUUCAUGGAGAAAUGCUCUCCGUGUUGCUGAAUCCGCAAAGGCUCAUCCUCCUGGUACUGCAUAUCAGCAUAACCUCCAGGUUUUGCUAAAGGAAGUUUUAAAGGCAUACCAUCAUCUUUUUAUAGACACAGAAAAGACUUUCUUGGAAGGUUUCUUAUCACUGUCAGAUGAUAGUCAAAGGCUUUUUGCUCGGCUUUAUACACGAAAAGGACCAUGGUUUCGUAUGUCGAGUGCAUCAUAUCCAGAAGUAUCUGAUUGCAAUGAAGCAGUACAUGGACUUUCUGUAGGAGGCUAUGUUACACCUGUGGAAUCAAUAAGCGAAGCCACUGAUGUCAAGGAGGUCUUGAAUGUUCUUAAUGUUGGCGAAAUACGUGAAAUCUUGCAUAUGGUUAAUGAGGUCUGUCACACCCACCCCCAACCACCCACACACAAGCAAAAGUAAAUGUUGCAUUAUUGGUCAUUGAACUAUGCACAAAUAUAUUUUUUGGUUCCUAGAUUAUAUUUACUUUUAGUUAUGCCACAUUGUUGUGCAUUAAGCCCAUUGUCCAUUUGACUCAAUGCCUUUUGUUUGUUUAAUUCAACCAUUUGCUAAACUAGUUUGAGAUGAGCAUAAUUUCACACAUUGAUAGGAUACAUUAGCGGAUAAUUGAUGAAAAUAGCAAUAAAAGGUCAGGCUGAUG